AUGUUUGAGGUAGAUGAGAACUACACACGUGUGUCAGAGUUUGUGAUUGUGGGCAUCCCGGGGCUCCAUCCAUCCUUCUUCCAGCUGGUGGCCUGGUUCUUCUUCUGCGUCUAUGUGACCACAGUGGUGGGGAACUUCCUGCUGGUGGUGCUGUUUGCCCUGGAGCGCAGCCUGCAGAAACCCAUGUACAUCAUCAUGCUCAGCCUGGCUCUGUCAGACAUAGGUUUUGCCACAGUGGCCCUUCCCAAUCUGAUAGCUCGGUGGUGGUGGAACGACGGGAGGAUCUCCUUCCAUACCUGUAUGUUCCAGGAACAAAUGAUCCACUAUUUUGGAACGCUCAACUCUCUCAUUAUGUUGACCAUGGCUAUGGACCGGUACCUGGCUAUAUGUCACCCUCUCAGAUAUCCUAUGUUGAUGACCAACCGGACAAUGAGUGGUCUAACAGUCUGUUCCUGGAUAUCAGCCCAAGUGGCACCUGGCAUCGUCACCAUAGACUUCAGCAGGAAAGUGUCAUUCUGUGGUCCCAACCGUAUCCUCCAUGCCUACUGUGAUGCCGUAGCACUGACUAGGCUGUCCUGUUCCAACAUGGUAGAGAUCAAUAAUAGCUCCUAUGGGCUGGCCAUGUUUGUCCUCCUCGUCCCCCUCUCCCUUAUCAUCUUCUCCUACAUCAGCAUCAUCGUCACCGUGAUGCGCAUGGCCAACGCACAGGGCAGACAGAAAACCUUCUCUACCUGUGGUACUCAGGGAUGUCUCAUUCUUAUCUACUACAUCCCCCGCUUCAUAGUCUACUCCACGCCCUACAUGCCCAACCUGACAAUUACCCCUGAUCUCCGCGUCGGCCUCAGCCUCAUCAAUAGCCUGUUCCCCCCGGUGGCCAACCCGUUCAUCUACUGUUUCAGGACCAAGGAGAUCAGAACCAUUCUGGGGCGAUGGAGACAGCGUUGGGGGAAUAGCCAGACGGAACCGCGUAAACCCAACACUGUAGCUGUCAUCACGAGAUGA